AUGGACUUCACGUCCACGUAUAGCUACGCGUCAUGGGAUAGCGUGGUAUUUUCUCCAGGAUCAACGUUUCUUGCCUACGUCUCGGGUCGUUCACGCACCCAGGUGUUUGUGCGUGUGGUCGGCACUUUGCAGGUCGUUCGCUCUUGGCAGCUGGAUGCGCGUCUCGACGCGCUCGAGUGGUCAAAAGACGGCCUGUACCUGCUGGCUAGCGCAUAUGGGCUUGAGAAAGGCGUUUCAUUCGUGCUACCUCUAGAUCCAGACGUCGCAGUGACUGACGGAUCGGACGACGACCGCGGUUGGGUUGCAAGGAUCACAGCCGUUCAUGGUUUGUUGUACGCGACGUGGCUGCCCCUACGUCGCAUCCCCGCUGUGAUCCAGUUUGCACCCUUUCACACCGGUGCUGUCAUAUACUCUCUUGCGGACCAAGCACUUACCGUCCUGCCUGCCACUGUUUUGCCCUGUGUGUUUUCUCAUGCCAUGUGGCCAGAACAUUUUGCUACUGUACAACGACACAAGGAGCAGGAUUAUUUGUGUCUCUAUACCCCGCAUCAAACCAAUGCCCCUUCGCUCGAGCAACCUGUGGAGUGGAAUCUAUGGCGUGCUGUUCGUCUGCACACAAACGAGAUCAGUGGCGCUGCAUGGAGUCCCGAUGGAUCGAUAUUCGCUGUUUGGGAACAUAUGCUCGAGUACAAACUUUUUGCUUACACAAUUUUUGGCACGCCUCAGGCUGCGGUGACAAUGCAAGAAGAUCUUAUACCCCACGUCGCAGUGCCGAUAUCCGCGGCUGAGUGCCGCGCUACGUUGACGUCUCCCACGGACUCAGGGAGAGCGAGGCGCGUGCCUGUAUUUUCCUCAACUGCGAGCGCGUCCCGCAUGUCCAGUAUGUCGACAUCAUUAACGAAGCAUCGCUCAAGCUAUUCAGGUGAUCCAAAACACUUGAAAACGCAUGGUCUAGGCGUGCGAGUUGUUGCAUGGCAUCCAUCUAGCGAGUUUCUUGCUGUCGGUGCAUACGAUGACCAUGUCCACAUUCUGAGUCGUUAUGACUGGUCUUUGGUGUACUUGCUGGAUACGAACGUAGCAUCCCUUCGCGAUGCAAGUCCUGCUUCAUUGAGUGUGUGGCAAGAACCGUACAGGUGGUUUGAGGCGACAAAUGGCCGGGGGAUUGUACCGCUCAACUUCAGUAUGACCAUUCCUGUGGAUGUGCCCCUACAGCCCAGUCAGGCUCACGAACCACUCCAGUCAGGCACGUGCUGGAUGGCAUGGAAUCAGGAUGGGUCUCUCCUAGCGCUUCGAAAUGAGCUCACGCCCUCUGUUGUUCUCUUGUACGAGUUCGUGGGUAUUGAAGAGCGUAGUGUCGAUGCACAUAUACGCGCUAUCGCGGUCAUUAUUCUGUCGUCGCCUAUCACAUCCAUCAUGUGGCGCCUUGGCCAUCUCUCCAGUCUCGCGCUGGUGACAGGACAAUCUUCUGUUAUUUGCUGGACCAUGAACAUGAGUGAUCAUACUCAGUGUUGCGAAGCCGUGGCUAUACCGAAUGAGCACUUCUCUGCAACCCACAUCGCAUGCUCGCCUGAUGGGAAAACAAUGCUGCUUGCGGAUGCACGCACAUUCUGCUGUGUUGUGUCCGCACCUAACUAUGAUGGCAAUGACGAUGAUCUCAACGAGCAAAGAAAAACGGAAGUCUCGCAGGGAGCGACGGAUGAUCAAGAUAAAAUGAACCUCGGUUCUUACUGA